AUGAGCAGUACCAGUCGCUCAAAGGAAAUCGAUGGCCAGAACACAGAUGUCCUGCUACAAUAUUACGCCGACAGGAUCCUUGUCGUCGUGACGCAGUUUGGAAAAGUUGGCAGCCUGAUCCAAGCGUCCAUCCCAUCGACCGCGCCGCUGCUGGUUCCCUCAGAUGCACCCGAUGCUGACGAAGAUCAGCUCCCUCAGCCCCCACCCUCCAUCCAGCUCACUCCUUUAAUGGGAUCAGCCCAAUCAGAUCAUAUGCACACCUUGAAUUCCCUCUACGCGUCCCAAAUUGCCACCUUGGUCUGGCUGGCCGAAGAGACUCUUCGCCCGUCUAGGCGUAAUGUCGUAGUCGGUCUUGCACUCCGCAGGACGGACUCUGAGACAAUACCGGCUUUGAUAGAUGUAGAGAAAAGGACGUUCGUUCAAAUCAUGGGCGUAGUCCGUGAGGCGUUGGCCUCUCAAGAGGACUCAUCAGCAUAA